AUGAGCAAUAAUGUGAAGUAUCCAAGCACUAUGGAUCUACACUCAUCGAAUAAUAUUCUAGGUUCAUUAGAUAUAGACGAUAAUAUCUCAAUUUUAGUGGUGAACUUUAAUAAUUCAGGUGAGAUAGACAGAGCAAGGUUGUUGAAAUAUGUUAGUCUAAACUUUUUAUCCAGAUAUUCGAAUACUCCGAGAACUGGGUCUGCACAUAAGCACCUUGGCAUUUCUCUAAAAACAUUUUUGAUAAGUAUCUUAAUUUCUUUUGUUUAUUUUGUAUUCCAGUUUUUGGUAUUUAUUUGUAUUAGAAUUAAAUAUAAAGAAAUGUACCAAAUACAUAAUUUACUGAGGGGGUUUGUGGAAGAUGGUAAAAGCCAAUCACCAAGAGAUAUUACUAUUUUUAAACGAUUUCAAAAGAAAUUUUUUGAUUGGAUAAAACCUUUAUUGAAAUCAAAUAUUGAAGAAUAUAUUGAGACUUGUGGUUUAGACACCUACUUAUUUUUUCGAUUUCUCAAGCAAUUGACUAUAUUUUUCUUGUGUUUAUCUUUUGUACACCUCCCAAUUCUACUUCCAAUUCAUUACUUUUCUAACAAAGAGGAGGCCAAGAAAUUGGACUUUACCACAGGAAAUCCUAAAUCACUAGACAAAUUCAAUAUGUCAAAUAUAUCGAAUACACAAUCUCAAAUUUUAUUAAUACAUUUAAUUUUGAGCAUAACAGUUGUAAUUGGGUAUCAUGUAUGGUUAAUUGCAGAAAUGCAGUUUAUCCAUUCAAAUUUGCAACAAGAGAAGUACUUAGGAAAAUAUCAAAAUACGUUAUAUAUUGAUAAUAUACCUGAGCAUUUACAUGGAAAUAAAAAUGAAAUAAUAAAAUAUUUCAGUUGUAUUUUGCCCAACUCAGUAGAAAGUAUAUCAUUUUUUCCAAAAUCAUGUCCUCAAGUUAAGAUACUUCACGAAAAUAUUAAUAAAAUAGACCAUUCUUUGCAAGCACAUGCGAUAGAUAUGUAUCUGUAUAAAUUUUUCAAGAAUAUUGAAAGUUUAAAUGGUCCAUUUACCAAGAAACAAAAACUAUCAGUUUUAAAAAAUAAACUAAAAUUCUUUUUAACUACUAUUAGCAAAAGGUUUUGUUUUACAAUUUCUAUUGAAUGGAUCAAUCUAAAUUAUUGUGGGAGUUUUUAUAUCCCACUAUUGAAGUUUCAAAAAGUUAGUUUUCAAUCGAAAUCUUUGCAGAUAUUUAGGUAUCAGCUCGAAAAAUAUUACAAGCUAAGGGAAAUCUGGGAAGAAAUGUGUGUCAAUUAUAAAAGCUAUCCAUUAUUUGCAUCCUUUUCAAAUGGAAGGAGGGGAAACAACGUAGUUUCGUAUAAAAAAAUAAUAAUAAGCUUUAAAUCUGCAUUUCAAUCUCAUAUGUUUGCACAAAUACUACAGUCACGAAAUAUAAACGAAUGGAACAAUAUUUUAGUAGGUCCAAAUCCAAAGGAUAUAAUUUGGGAGAAUAUGAACAGGGAAGACACCAAAAGAGGUAUUGCUCAAUCUGCCUUCGUUAACGUAAUAUAUAUUAUAAUUAUUUUAGGAUGGAUUCUGCCUGUAGCUUGUGUAGGAUUGUUAACACAAAUAGAAUAUCAAUCUAUUCUAGAUCCUUUUCUAUCUUCAAUAAAAAUACCUUCAGGUGCGUUGGGCGAUCUGGUUUCAAAUUUACUUUCCAUCAUAACAUUAAUAUUUUUAAUUGAAAUCGUUCCUUUUAUUUUUAACUGGUUAGCCUAUUUUAAAUCUUGGAAAACAAAAGCAGAAGUUCAAAUUGAUACUCAAAGGUGGUUUUUUUAUUUUUUAUUCGUACAUUUGUUCAUGGUCGUAACAAUUUCUUCAGGAAUUUAUUUUGUAAUCGAAAAAAUAAUUAAUAAUCCGACCAUAAUUGCAACUUUAUUAGCCCACGAGUUGCCUAAAAGCUCUAAUUUCUUUUGUUCCUUUAUUGUUAUUAGAUGUUUAGCAUAUGCAGGGGGUACGCUAUUGCAAACAAAGGAUAUUCUAUUAGAGAUUUUCUACUAUAGAAUUUUUGUCCACUCCCCACAAAGAAAAUUUAAAAGAAUGCAGUCUUUUAUUACUAUAUCAUGGGGCUCUGCUUAUGCACUAUUUUCCGUGUUUGGAUGUAUUGGGAUAAUAUACUCUGUUCUUGCUCCAGUAAUUUUACCAUUAUGCUUUUUUUCUUUUGCAUGCAUUUUUUACUCUGUUAAAUAUUUAUUCGAAUUCCAGAAUAACAAAGAAAAUGUAUCUGAAACGUAUGGGAAAUUGUAUAUACAAGCAAUGCUACAUUUAUAUACUGGAGUAUAUUGCAUGGAGGUGUGUAUGAUUGGAAUUUUUGCGCUAUCCAAUCAUGGAAAAAUGUCUUCAGUGAUGAUACUAAUAUUUAUCUUAACCUUAAUGGCAAAUUAUAAAAUUUACGAGUUGUAUGUUUGUAAAAUUAAACAUCCGCCUCUAUGCUCUUUCAAGCAUAUUUAUGAUGCUACCAACGGUGACACUACAAAUCUCAACUUUGGACUUAUCCAAGACUUGCAAGAUUUAAAGUAUAAUAAAUUUGAGGUACCAUUUAUGCAGAAGAGAAGUCCCUUAAAAUUAUGGAUGGUUUAUGAUACACACAAUUGCUAUAAAGACGACAUUAGGUAUUUUAAAUCCAAUUUUGAGGUUGAAAGUAAGACACAGUACUACGCCAUUAAUAAUACGGGUAAUAUUGUAUUCAAUAUUGACACUCCCGAGGAAUAG